GGCACGUGUGCCCACAGAGGGCGCUCUGAAUGCUGCCUCUGGCAUCCGUGCCAUUGGUUCGCCACCACUGCUCUAAAGCAACAAGGGGCAAGCUGAGCUUUUCUUGGUGGCCCAGAGAGUCUUCUCUGAUCAAUCUUGCUGAAAAUAUAAUUUUUCAUCUAUUAAGAAAUGGAACAGUAAAAUUGGAGGGGAAGGUCUACGCUCAGCCUAAUACAGUUAAAUGAACUAUGAACCCCAUUGUCCAAGACCAAGGGAGAGGGGAAAACUAAGGGACUCCCUUUCCAUCACUGUCCCGUGCCCGGUGGCCCUCGAGGCUGCCAACCGGGGCCGCCCCCCCCCCGCCACCCAAUGGGCGCCUAUCUCUGCUAUUACCCUAGCCUUUGCAGAACAGGUACUGUACGUAGCCUGGGAAAAGCCAGAGCAGGUGUUGUAAUCGCAGGCGCCGAGCCGAGCCAGCGGCGCCCUUUGUCCUCUGGAUCAGGUGAAGCUGCGAGAAGCUUGAGGACGUGGGAAGGCGCGGCGAGAUCUCCAGAUCUAGGAAGUGGGGAAGAGAGGAACCUGCGAAGCUAUUUCGGCUUUUCCGCCCUCCGUUCUUGCCUGCGGAGGAACUGCUGCCAUGGAGCCGUUCAGCUGGGAUAUUUCUGUUUUGAUUGCCGUGGCUGCAAUUGUACCAUCUAUGCUAUUUUUGCUUUAUAAAAUAAUUGGAUUUCAGAGGAAGAAAGAUCCAGUGACCUUGCAGGAUCCAAAUAUCAAAUAUCCAUUGUCUUUGAUGGAGAAAGUGGAUAUCAGCCAUGACACCAGGAGAUUUCGAUUUGCACUUCCAUCCCCAGAACACAUAUUGGGCUUGCCUGUAGGCCAACAUGUAUACCUCUCUGCUAAAGUCAGUGGUAACCUUGUGAUUCGGGCUUAUACUCCAGUUUCUAGUGAUGAAGUGAAAGGAUAUGUUGAUUUAGUAAUAAAGGUUUACCGCAAAAAUGUUCAUCCCAAAUUUCCUGAAGGUGGAAAGAUGUCCCAGUACUUAGACAUCAUGAAAAUUGGUGACACCAUGGAUUUCAGAGGGCCUAAUGGGCUUCUGGUUUAUAAAGGAUCAGGUAAAUUUGCUAUCAAAUUGGAUAAAAAGUCUGAAGCAAAGAUGAAGUUUGUUAAGCACCUUGGGAUGAUUGCUGGGGGAACAGGAAUUACUCCAAUGCUUCAGCUGAUCCGCCAUAUCACAAAGGACCCUACCGAUAAAACAAAAUGUUAUCUCCUUUUUGCUAAUCGGACGGAACAGGAUAUAUUACUGAAACCAGAGCUUGAAGAUGUAGCUGCAAACCACUCAGACCAAUUUAAAUUGUGGUAUACUUUGGACAGACCACCUCAUGGAUGGAAGUAUAGCACUGGCUUCGUUACUGCAAACAUGAUAAAGGACCAUCUUCCUCCCCCCUCUGGGGACACUUUGAUUCUGAUGUGUGGACCUCCACCCAUGAUUCAAUUUGCCUGUCAGCCCAAUCUUGAGUUUCUGGGAUAUGCAAAAGAGAGCACAUUUGCUUACUGAACUUGAAAGUAAUUCAUUUAGCAGAUGUCAUAGCUACUAUGGUUAUGCAAAACAUUUGAAGGUGCACAUUACAGAGUGGGUUGAUGUAAGCAAAAUGUUCCUUGAAGCAUUAAAACAACCAUGACCUGUAGGAGUGUCCCUACAACUACCUUGAAGAAUUUCCCCAAAUGUGUAAUUAUGCAACUACUUUGGUUGGCCGGCAAUCCCAGAGAAAGUGUUGUUUGUGCACGAAUACUGUAAUGGAAUGCACACCUGGAAGAGCAGUGGGUUGGUGGAAGGGACUUGUGGCAACACAGAGCUUUUCCAGAGACAGGCUCAGAGUAAGAGGCUGCAUAGUUCCAAGCUCUGUGUGUGUGUGUGUGUGGGGGAAGAAGUUCAGGGUAGCCA